UAUGGAUACUCAGGAAGACGAUCCCUUGAUGGCUACACGUGUGGUUUGGGGUACCUCGAUCAAUGUGCAGGAUGCAAUGGUUUCCUUUAAGAAUUUUUUGGUCAAUUUCAGACUACCUGAUUCUAGAGAACCACUUUAUCCUCAACUUUUACACAAAGUUCAUCAAACUGGAAACGUUUGUGUGAAUUUGGAUUGUGGUAACCUGCGUGCUUAUUCUGGCACCAAGGUCCUGUACGAACAACUGUUAAAGUACCCUCAAGAAAUCAUUCCAUUGAUGGAUCACAUAAUUACCUGUUAUUACUUUGAAAUAUAUCCUGAUGAUGAAGACGACAAAUUAAAGGUUCGCCCAUUCAACCUUCAUGAGGCUGUCAAUCUGCGUGAUCUUGAUCCCCAGAAUGUGGAUCAAUUGAUUACCAUCAAGGGUCUCUUGAUUCGUGCUUCUCCUGUUAUUCCUGAUAUGAGAAAAGGUUUCUUUAGAUGUUUGGUUUGUGACUACACCUUGACCGUGGGUGUGGAUCGUGGACGUAUUAUUGAACCCAAGCAUUGUCCAAGAGAGCAAUGUAGAUCCGAAAACACUAUGGCACUUGUACACAAUCGAUGCGAAUUUUCUGAUAAACAAGUCUCCCGACUUCAAGAAACUCCAGAUGUUGUACCUGACGGUCAGACACCACAGACAGUCACAGUAUGCAUAUACGAUGAAAUGGUAGACGUUGCCAAGCCUGGUGAUCGUCUUGAGGUCACGGGUAUUUUCCGUGGUGUUCCAGUCAGAGUCAACCCACGCCAGCGCACGAUCCGGGCACUUUUCAGAACUUAUCUUGAUGUUGUACACAUUAAACGUACAGACAAAAAACGAAUGCAUGUGGACAAGACACUUCAAUCAGAAUUUGGCCCAGAAGCUUAUGAGGAAGGUGAUGAAGUUGAACAAGUUAAUUCAAAUGACGAAGAAAUGGUUCGCCAAAUGGCUAUGAGUGAUAAUUUGUAUGAUAAACUAGCACGCUCUCUUGCACCAAGUAUUUACGAAUUGGAUGAUGUCAAAAAGGGUAUUCUGCUACAGUUAUUUGGUGGUGCUCAUAAGGUGUUCAAAAAGUCAGGAUCACCUAGAUUCCGUGGCGAGAUUAAUAUUCUAUUGGUCGGUGAUCCUGGAACAAGUAAAUCUCAAAUUCUCCAGUACGUACACAAGAUUGCACCUCGAGGUGUCUAUACUUCCGGAAAGGGUUCCUCUGCAGUUGGUCUCACGGCUUACAUCACACGCGAUCCCGACUCACGCCAAUUAGUGCUGGAGAGCGGUGCCCUGGUCCUCAGUGAUGGUGGUGUAUGCUGUAUUGAUGAGUUUGACAAGAUGUCUGAUGCUACACGAUCAGUGCUUCAUGAAGUUAUGGAGCAGCAGACCAUUUCGGUUGCAAAGGCUGGAAUUAUCACCACACUCAAUGCACGUACCUCUAUCUGUGCGUGCGCUAAUCCAAUCGGAUCGCGGUGGAACAAGAACAUGUCUGUUCCAGCCAAUUUGAACCUUCCUCCACCUCUGUUGUCUAGAUUUGAUUUGUUGUAUUUGAUUCUGGACCGUGUUGAUGAAGAUGCUGAUCGUCGCCUUGCAAGACAUUUGGUGUCACUCUAUCUCGAAAACGAUCUUUUGACAGCUGGAAUAGAUAUCUUCUCUGUAGAGAUGCUGACGAAGUACAUCAAUUAUGCACGCGAGAACAUCCAACCUGCACUAACCGAAGAAGCCGGGCGACACCUAAUUGAUUCAUAUGUUGAACUCAGACAACAAGGUCAGGGUCAGGGUGGACAGGAAAAGCGAGUGACUGCCACUACCCGUCAGUUGGAAUCCAUGAUUCGUAUGGCCGAGGCACAUGCACGCAUGCGACUGUCUGAUACUGUUGAGGUGUCUGAUGUAGUCGAGGCUUCGCGUCUACUGAGAGAGGCAAUCAAGGAUUAUGCAAUUGAUCCCAAGACCGGACGCAUUGACAUGGAUCUUAUUUUGAUGGGACACGGUUCGCAUGAUCGUCAUCUUCAGGAUGAUUUUGUUCGUGAACUCAAGGUGCUCCUGAACAACUAUAGCGAAACAAGAAUUGGAUGGACACGUCUGUUGAAUGACUUUAAUGCUCAAAGCAAUAUGCCUAUUGAGAACCGUGCAUUUGAGGAGGCAUUGAGAGCAAUGGAAACUCAGGGUGAUAUCAGAAUCGUUGGUGAAGGUAGAAAGAGAACAAUUAAUCGUUUGACAGUACAAUAAGAGAAAUAGCCCAAAAAUAAAAUAAACUAAGGGGGGAAAGACGCUACUACACACAUCCAAACAUGUACACGCACAUAUAUAGCAAGUAUUGAAAUCCAAAUAAAAAUAAAAUGAAAAAUAAAAUAAAAGAAAAGAAAGGAAAAGAAGAAAUAUUUUAUUUAUUUAUAUAAAAAGAUAUAUUAUACUUUUAAGAUAAUCGAUUGUACUCCCAUUAACAAGGCUGAUUUAAGAGACCUACAAUCAUCAUUUUUUUUACACUUUAUAAUCAUUCUUACGUAUUUAAUUGUUUGAAAGUCUUUUUUGUAUUGUAUUGUAUUAUGCUUCAUGCCACGUGAAAUGAACAAAAUGAAAUAAGAGAGAAUAAAAACCAAUAAAUAU